AUGCCACCCCCACAUUCUGGAGUUGCUGUGUCAGAAAAAACAUUUAAUGUAUUGAAGGAAUGGGGUAUUGAUAGGAAAAUAUUUUCCAUCACAUUGGAUAAUGCAACUGCUAAUGAUAGUAUGCAAGAUAUUCUAUCAAGUCAAUUGUCUUUGCAAGCAUCUUUAGUAAGUGGUGGUGAAUAUUUUUAUGUAAGGUGUUGUGCUCAUAUUUUGAAUCUUAUUGUUCAAGAAGGCUUAAAAGUGAUUGAGCGUGUUGUGUAUAACAUUAGAGAAAGUGUCAAGUACAUUAAGGGUUCAGAAGACAGAAAACUUAAGUUUGAAGAGUGCAUUAAACAAGUUGGUAUACUUGCAUCAAUCAGUUUGUGCUUGGAUGUACCAACUAGGUGGAAUUCAACUUUCAUGAUGAUAGAAAGUGCACCUAUAUAUCGACGGGCUUCAAUUCAUUAUGUUUUACUUGAUGCAAAUUAUAAGUAUUGUCCGUCAAAUGAAGAGUGGAAUAGAGCUGAGGUCAUUUGCAAUUUCUUGAAGCCAUUUUACGACAUGAAAAAACUCUUCUCGGGUUCGGAUUAUCCUACAUCUAAUUUGUAUUUUUCAAAUAUAUGGAAAAUUCAAUUGCAUUUACUUGAAACAAUGGAAAAUUCGGACUGCAUUGUUAAUGGUAUGGCUGCAAAAAUGAAAGAGAAGUUCGAUAAAUAUUGGAAGUGUUAUAGUGUCGUUUUGGCAUUUGCAAUUGUUCUUGAUCCUCUUUACAAGCUUCAAUUUGUCGAAUUUUGUUACUCAAAGAUUGAUUCAUCCACUUCUCGGCAAAAGCUAAAUCUCCUUUGUCAGAAGUGGUACUCUCUAUUCUAA